CCUCCCACCGGUAGCAGCCAGACGUGCCUGGAGUCACAGGGUAGAACACGUAGCUCCAGUCCACCCACUCGCUCACAUUUAACCCAGCCUGCAGCCUUCCAAUUACUUUUCAACUCGCCAGCUCCGGCUCGCCCCAUUACAGCCGCCGAGUGCUGCAAAGUGGAAGGACAUGAGCCGUAGCAGCAGCAGGACAAGCGGUAGCCGCUAACUCUCUCUUGUCUGCUCCAGCAGUCGGGAGACAGUCACGCUGCCCUGUGACUUUUGCUUGACCAGCGACGUGUUUGGUGCCCACCGGCUGGCAGUGCUUCUCGCUGGAUUCGUCGCUGUCAGCGCUGUGAGCAGCCAUCCCGCCUUAACCCCAGGAGAGAUCUUGGGUUAAAAAAAGGAAACCAGGAAAAGUGCAGAUUAAAUGGAAAGGAUCACCAGCGCCCAGCCUCCUCCACCUUGCCUGGGCAAGCUGCCUACCUUAGAGAGCAACGAAAUGCCGGGGUUGGAUUUUACUCACAUGUAUCAAGUUUAUAAGCCUAGAAGAGGGUUAAAAAGAGGUGACGACAGCAAGGAGACUUACAAGUUGCCCCACAGACUGAUAGAAAAGAAAAGACGCGAUAGGAUUAAUGAGUGCAUUGCCCAGCUGAAAGAUCUUUUACCAGAACAUCUCAAACUUACAACUUUAGGUCACUUGGAAAAGGCUGUUGUUCUUGAACUUACCUUGAAGCAUGUGAAAGCACUCACCAGCCUCAUUGAACAGCAACAGCAGCAAAUCAUUGCUCUGCAGAAAGGUUUACAUGCUGAUGAGCUGCCACCAAGGAGCCUUGAGUCUAGCCAGGAGAUGUUUCGAUCUGGUUUCCAGAUGUGUGCCAAAGAAGUGUUGCAAUACGUGGCAAAACAUGAGACUAGCAAGGAUCUGAAAUCUUCCCAGCUCAUUAGCCACCUACAAAGAGUGGCCUCUGAAGUUCUUCAGAGUGGAGCCAGCAGAAAAUCUGGAGAGGCUGUGCCUAAACUGAUGGACUUGAAGGAGAAUUCUGGCACUUUGACCAAAGUGGCUGAGGCACAUGGGAGAAACUGUGUGCCAGUGAUUCAGAGGACUUUUGCUCAUUCCAGUGGGGAACAGAGUGGCAGUGACACAGAUACGGACAGUGGAUAUGGGGGAGAGCUGGAAAAAAGUGACUCCAAAUCUGACCCGCAGUAUUUCAAGAAGGACACUGAGCUCAAAUACUCUGUCCAAGAAAGACUCAGUUCUAUCAAACAAGAAAAUGAGGACCCCCCUGCCAAAAGAACCAGGAUGGAAACAUCAGAGGAUGAUGGCCACUUUAGUAGUGACGUCCUGGGAUCCCCAAGCAGUUUCUUGGGCCCUCACCCUCAUCAGCCUCCUCUGUGCCUGCCUUUCUAUUUGAUCCCACCCUCUGCAACAGCCUACCUGCCUAUGUUGGAGAAGUGUUGGUAUCCAGCCUCCGUGCCCGUCUUGUAUCCAAGCCUCCCAGCAUCCACUGCAGCUCUUUCGGGGCUAAUAAACCCUGAUAAAAUUUCUUCUCCUUUACUGAUGUCUCAACGGCUCCCUUCUCCAGUCCCAUCUCAUUCCCCCAUGGACUCUACUGCUCUGCUUCAUGCCUUGAGGCAGAUGUCUCCUUUGAAUUUGGAAACCAAAGAGUAGAUAUGGGGAGGGUGCAGAUUCCUGUUGGGAUUUUUUGAGAGGGGGCAGAGUUGAGUUUGAGAUUAUUUCAGGGUCCCCCCCCCCCCCGUGGGCUGAAUUGUGACAGAGGGGUGCAGAGGUCACUUUUAGUGUCUAUGUACGGAAAUAAAAUCCUCCCUUGUUUUGACUGCCCAGGAAGUUUAGGAAAGACCUCAGAGGUAUUAUCAAAUUAAUACACAGAAGAGCAGGGGUGGGGGGCUGCAAUUAAAUAUUUUGAAAUGCUUUUUAACUUUUUUUUGCCAUCUUCAGGUCAACACAUGACUUUAGCUAGCUGAGAUAACAUUUUGAAGCUGUGAAGGAGAAGGACAACAGUAGUCAGAUGUGGUGGUGGAAAGUGUUGUCAAGUCCCAGC